GACUUUUCGAAUUUCAAAAUUUAAACGGCUCUUUCAAUGGGAGCCCAGCUUCCCUCUUCCAUUUAUUCAAUCUCCACCAACGCCAUUACUCAGUUUCUUCUUUCUUUUCUAGACUAGAUUCCUUCCAUUCACAAACUUCUAAAACCCUACAAAUCUGCACAUUCUUAUACAGACUGAUUCUAAUGGGUUCUUCCAGAAGCUGGCUAAAAUCUCUCAUCAGUCACAAAAAGUCUCAUCCAGUUACCGAGCAAGAGAAAGUUGGGGAUCGGAGCAAGAAGAAAUGGAGGUUAUGGAGGAGCUUGUCUGAUGGGUAUGGAUCUUCGGGUAAAAUUACGAAGAGGGGAUUUUCUGAAUCGACAGAAUCGCACGAUUCAAAGCUUUUGGCUAACGCUGUGGCUGCUGUGGCUCGAGCUCCGUUGAAGGAUUUCGUGGUUGUGAGGCAACAUUGGGCUGCCGUUCGAAUCCAGACGACUUUUCGUGGCUUUUUGGCAAGACGGGCUCUGAGGGCAUUGAAGGCAGUGGUGAGGAUUCAGGCCAUAUUCCGGGGUCGGCAAGUGAGGAAGCAAGCGGCUGUGACACUGAGGUGUAUGCAGGCACUUCUCCGAGUUCAAGCCAGAGUUAGAGCGAGAUCAGUUACCGCAGAUGCUGACCAAGAAGAAGUUGAUCCAAUCAAACAGGCUGAGAAGGGAUGGUGUGACAGUCGGGGAACCGUGGAAGAAGUGAAAAACAAGCAUCAAAUGAGAAGAGAGGGAGCUGUCAAAAGGGAAAGAGCUCUUGCUUAUUCCAUCUUACAACAGAGAUCAAAAUCAUGUGCUAGUCCAAAUAGAGGCACGAGCAAACAAAUGCUCCACCAUAGGAAGUAUGACAAGAAUUACAAGCAACAGGAUUGGGGUUGGUUAGACCGGUGGAUGGCGGCCAAAUCAUGGGAAACUGGUUCAUUGGACACUGUACCACCGGAAAUGACACCGUUUUCUCGGAGAAGUGAAAACGUUUGCGGCUACUAUCCAGACAGUGUUAGAACCAGAAAGAAUAAUGUCACAACAAGAAUCUCGGCUCAACAACCCUCCUUUUCAUCCAAUCAAAUUUCUCGUACUCCAUCUUCCUCAGAGUCUGUAUACGACGAAUACUCUCCCUCCACAUCAUCCUCCUCCUCGGCACCAGUGGUAGCAACAGGUGAAGAGGAGGUGGGAAGCAAGCCAAGUUAUAUGUAUCCCACGGUGUCCAUCAAAGCAAAGCAGAGAACUUGCGGAGGAGGGGGCAAGAAUUUACCAAUCCCAGGCAAAUUUCCGGCUUCAAUGGCGGGAGAAAGGCAUUACAAUCCUGAUUUCAACGCUUGCAAUGGCGAAAAUUUGGCCCAAAUGUACGAUCAGCAGAAACAAUUUGAUAUGGGGAAUGAAUUGGAACAAGCAAAUGUAGAUAGUACAAGAAGUGAAAUUAAGAAUUCAACGACUCAGUAUGACUCUUCUUCCAGUGGCAAACUUUUCGUUGGAGGUGUCGCUUGGGAGACCACUGAAGAUACGUUUCGUGAUUACUUUAGCAAGUACGGGGAGAUAGCAGAUUCAGUCAUAAUGAUAGACAAACACACUGGGAGGCCACGCGGGUUCGGUUUUGUAACAUUCUGCGAUCCUGCCAUUGCUGACAUGGUUCUGAAGAUAGAUCAUAUUAUAGAUGGCAGAGCGGUGGAAGUGAAGAGGACAGUUCCUAGGGCUGAUAUGAAUGACAAAAUGGUAUCAAGAACAAAAAAGAUUUUUGUUGGAGGAAUACCACCUGGUUUAACUGAAGAGGAGUUUAAGGAUUACUUCUCUUCUUUUGGUAGAAUUAUAGAACACCAAAUCAUGAUAGAUUAUAAAACGAAGCGAUCAAGAGGAUUUGGAUUUAUCACUUUUGAGAAUGAAGAUUCAGUUGAAAAUAUCUUUUCUGGUGAUAGAAUACACGAGCUUGGAGGCAAGCAGGUGGAAAUUAAGAAGGCUGUACCAAAAAGAGUUGCUUAUGAUUUCAAUAGUAACAGUGGACAGACUUCAGGAUAUGACAUGUAUAGAUGUGGAGGUUUAUAUGAUGAUAUAAUUGGCACAGAUUUUGGUCCUUAUGAUUUAUAUGCACCGUAUGGUGGCUUUGGUGUAAACUACGCCAGUUUUUACGGUGCAUACAACUAUGGUUUUGGUUAUGGUGCUUCCAUGUAUAUGAACGGUAGAUAUGGGAUGAACGGCUACGGUACCCCCUCUGUUGGAUAUGGAAUUAAUGGAUAUGGAAAAGGAUACGAAGGAAAUGGUGGUUCAAUGCCUGAGAGAUUUCAUCCAUAUUGGUAUUGAGCAGACUUUUCCUAGAUGGUUUCUUUGGUGAAGAAAGUGAUGAUUGAUUUUCAACAGGCACGAGUGUUAUCCAUCUUAGUUGCUGUGCAGUUCGAGAUUUUUUAAGUGUAAUAUAAAUAUUGUAGACAAUUUUUCAUUCUCUUUUUAUUUUUGUUGUUUUUCUUUCUUUGAGACAUGAAAUGAUUUGAUUGAUAAAAUAGAAUGGUGAACAUAUCUUUGGUUCGAAUCUCUA